AUGACCAUCGCCCGAAGGACAGGACUCAAUUUCCGUUCCCCGUCGACAGCUCCUCCUCCUCCUGCUGAUGCUGAUGCUGCUGCUUCUGCUGACUCCAGCACCUUCGAGUCUCCCCACGUCUCUUUUCUACAGGGGACAUGGAAAGUCACCCACUCGACGCUUCCCAUGUGGAAAAACAACCGCAACGUGACCAUCACCUACACGUCCCUGCCCGAGAACGCCGAGCACCUCGAUGACCUGGUCGAAUACCAACCCCUGACCUCAGACAAGCACAAGCGGGUCGAAGGAAUCGACACGCCCGACGCCCACACCAAGGCCGCCUACAGCUGGCGCGGCAAGGGGCUCUUGAAGAUCGCAUCGAGCCGCUGGGAGAUCCUGGGCUACGGGGAAGAAGAGGGCGGCUGGGUGGUCACGUACUUCCAAAAGACGCUCUUCACACCCGCGGGCAUCGACAUCUACGCGCGACGCCGAGGCGGCUUAUAA